AUGUUCGCCAAGAAGAAACCGGGCGCCGCGCCGUUCGGAGCUAUGCCUGUCCCCGACCAGCCUUCGUCAGCCUCAGAGAAAACCAGCUCCCUGAGUCCUGGCCUAACCACCUCCAACGGGGAUGGCUCAGAAACAGAAACCACCUCUGCCAUUCUUGCCUCAGUCAAAGAACAGGAAUUACAGUUUGAAAGACUGACUCGAGAGCUGGAGGCAGAACGCCAGAUCGUAGCCAGCCAGCUGGAGCGAUGCAAGCUGGGGUCGGAGACAGGCAGCAUGAGCAGCAUCAGUUCAGCAGAAGAGCAGUUUCACUGGCAGUCACAAGAUGGUCAAAAAGAUAUCGAAGACGAACUCACAACAGGUCUGGAGCUGGUGGACUCCUGUAUUAGAUCGCUACAGGAAUCUGGAAUACUUGACCCACAGGAUUAUUCCACAAGUGAAAGGCCCAGCCUGCUCUCCCAGAGUGCACUUCAGCUCAAUUCCAAACCUGAAGGGUCCUUCCAGUUUCCAGCCAGCUACCAUAGCAACCAGACCCUGGCCCUGGGUGAGACAGCCCCAUCGCUCCCCGCCCGCAGCACACAAGCCCGAGGUGCUGGCCAGAGCUUCAGCCAGGGCGCCACGAGCCGCGCGGGGCACCUGCCGGGGCCCGAGCCCGCGCCGCCGCCGCCGCCGCCGCCGCCGCGGGAGCCGUUCGCGCCCAGCCUGGGCAGCGCCUUCCACCUGCCGGACGCGCCCGCCGCGCUCUACUACUCCAGCUCCACGCUGCCCGCGCCGCCGCGCGGCGGCUCCCCGCUGGCCGGCCCGGGCGGCUCGCCCACCAAGCUGCAGCGCGGCGGCUCGGCCCCCGAGGGCGCCGCCUACGCCGCGCCGCGCGGCUCCUCGCCCAAGCAGUCGCCCAGCCGCCUGGCCAAGUCCUACAGCACCAGCUCGCCCAUCAACAUCGUCGUGUCCUCGGCCGGCCUGUCCCCGAUCCGCGUGACCUCGCCCCCCACCGUGCAGUCCACCAUCUCCUCCUCGCCCAUCCACCAGCUGAGCUCCACCAUCGGCACCUACGCCACCCUGUCGCCCACCAAGCGCCUGGUCCACGCGGCCGACCAGUACAGCAAGCACUCGCAGGAGCUGUAUGCCACCGCCACCCUCCAGAGGCCGGGCAGCCUGGCAGCCGGGUCCCGGGCCUCGUAUAGCAGCCAGCACGGCCAUCUGGGCCCGGAGCUGCGGGCCCUGCAGUCCCCAGAGCACCACAUAGACCCCAUCUAUGAAGACCGUGUCUAUCAGAAGCCCCCUAUGAGGAGUCUCAGCCAGAGCCAGGGGGACCCUCUGCCGCCAGCACACUCCAGCACCUACCGCACGAGCACAGCCCCAUCUUCCCCUGGUGUCGACUCCGUCCCCUUGCAGCGCACAGGCAGCCAGCAUGGCCCACCGAAUGCCGCCACGGCCACCUUCCAGCGGGCCAGCUACGCCGCCGGCCCAGCCUCCAACUACGCCGACCCCUACCGACAGCUGCAGUAUUGUCCCUCUGUUGAGUCUCCAUACAGCAAAUCCGGCCCUACCCUCCCGCCUGAAGGCACCUUGGCCAGAUCCCCGUCCAUUGAUAGCAUUCAGAAAGAUCCCAGAGAAUUUGGAUGGAGAGACCCGGAGCUGCCUGAAGUGAUUCAGAUGUUGCAGCACCAGUUUCCUUCGGUCCAGUCCAAUGCUGCAGCCUAUUUACAGCACCUCUGCUUUGGAGACAAUAAAAUUAAAGCCGAGAUACGGAGACAAGGAGGCAUCCAGCUCCUGGUGGACCUGUUGGAUCAUCGGAUGACAGAAGUCCACCGUAGUGCCUGUGGAGCCUUGAGAAACUUGGUGUAUGGGAAGGCCAACGAUGACAACAAAAUUGCUCUGAAAAACUGUGGUGGCAUCCCAGCGCUGGUGAGGUUACUCCGAAAGACCACCGACCUGGAGAUCCGGGAGCUGGUCACAGGAGUCCUUUGGAAUCUCUCGUCUUGUGAUGCUCUCAAAAUGCCAAUCAUCCAGGACACCCUGGCAGUGUUGACCAAUGCCGUGAUCAUCCCCCACUCGGGCUGGGAAAAUUCACCCCUUCAGGAUGACCGAAAAAUACAGCUGCAUUCCUCACAGGUGCUGCGAAAUGCCACUGGAUGCCUAAGGAAUGUUAGUUCAGCCGGCGAGGAGGCCCGCAGGAGGAUGCGGGAAUGUGAGGGCCUCACAGAUGCCCUGCUCUACGUCAUCCAGUCUGCGCUGGGGAGCAGUGAGAUCGAUAGCAAGACCGUUGAAAACUGUGUGUGCAUUUUAAGGAACCUCUCGUACCGGCUGGCCGCGGAAACGUCUCAGGGACAGCACAUGGGCACGGAUGAGCUGGACGGGCUGCUCUGUGGGGAGGCCAGUGGCAAAGACGCAGAGAGCUCCGGUUGCUGGGGAAAGAAGAAGAAGAAAAAGAAGUCCCAGGACCAGUGGGAUGGAGUAGGACCUCUUCCCGACUGUGCAGAACCACCAAAAGGGAUCCAGAUGCUGUGGCACCCAUCAAUAGUCAAACCCUACCUCACACUGCUCUCUGAGUGCUCAAAUGCAGACACGCUGGAAGGGGCGGCAGGCGCCCUGCAGAACUUGGCUGCAGGGAGCUGGAAGUGGUCAGUGUACAUCCGAGCCGCUGUCCGGAAAGAGAAAGGCCUGCCCAUCCUUGUGGAGCUGCUUCGAAUAGAUAACGACCGUGUGGUGUGCGCAGUAGCCACGGCGCUCCGGAACAUGGCCCUGGACGUCCGAAAUAAGGAGCUCAUCGGCAAAUAUGCCAUGCGGGACCUGGUCCACAGGCUUCCAGGCGGGAACAACAGCAACAAUGCAGCAAGCAAGGCCAUGUCGGAUGACACGGUGACAGCCGUCUGCUGCACCCUACAUGAAGUGAUCACCAAGAACAUGGAGAACGCCAAGGCCUUACGGGAUGCUGGGGGCAUCGAGAAGUUGGUUGGCAUCUCCAAAAGCAAAGGAGAUAAACAUUCUCCAAAAGUGGUCAAGGCCGCAUCUCAGGUUCUCAACAGCAUGUGGCAGUAUCGAGACCUGAGGAGUCUCUACAAAAAGGAUGGAUGGUCACAGUAUCACUUUGUAGCCUCAUCUUCAACCAUCGAGAGGGAUCGGCAAAGGCCCUACUCCUCCUCCCGCACGCCCUCCAUCUCCCCUGUGCGCGUGUCUCCCAACAACCGCUCAGCAAGUGCCCCAGCUUCACCUCGGGAAAUGAUCAGCCUCAAAGAAAGGAAAACAGACUAUGAGUCCACUGGCAGCAAUGCCACUUACCACGGGACUAAAGGAGAACACACUUCCAGGAAAGACACCAUGACAGCUCAAAAUACUGGAAUUUCAACUUUGUAUAGGAAUUCAUAUGGUGCGCCCACUGAAGACAUCAAACAUAACCAGGUUUCCGCACAGCCAGUCCCACAGGAGCCCAGCAGGAAAGAUUAUGAGACCUACCAGCCGUUUCAGAAUUCCACGCGAAACUACGACGAGUCCUUCUUCGAGGACCAGGUCCACCAUCGCCCUCCCGCCAGCGAGUACACCAUGCACCUGGGACUCAAGUCCACGGGCAACUACGUCGACUUCUACUCAGCUGCCCGUCCCUACAGUGAACUGAACUAUGAAACGAGCCACUACCCUGCCUCCCCUGACUCCUGGGUGUGA